CUUUUUGUUGGUAACACAUUGCAACAUUGCAUGGUUUUAUCUUUAUUUUAUUUUCGGUACAGUAAACCACUUCAGAAAAGGACGUUCAAGUUGACAGGCUGUAAGAUGGACGAGGAAACAGCACUGCUGAAGGAAAGAGCUACAUCUGCUGGAUCUCAGAUUAGAAAUUCCAGACUUUUCCUGGCCGUGUUCUCGGCAGUCCUGGGAAAUUUCAACUUCGGGUAUUCCUUGGUCUAUUCCUCUCCAGUUCUGCCCAAACUUAAAAGUCCAGAUGCAGACCCUCGGCUCAGGAUGGACACAGAACAAGCUGCUUGGUUCGGCUCCAUCUACUCCCUGGGUGCAGCGGCUGGUGGGCUGGGGGCCAUGAUGCUCAAUGAUCUGAUUGGACGGAAGCUCAGCAUUAUGACGUCCGCUGUGCCAUCCACUCUUGGGUACAUGCUGCUGGCAGGAGCUGUGGACUUGUGGAUGCUACAUUUUGGCCGUUUCCUAACGGGGGUCGCUGCCGGCAUGACUGCAGCAUCCAUUCCAGUGUACAUUUCUGAGAUCUCCCACAAAGGAGUGAGGGGAGCUCUGGGCUCCUGUCCUCAGGUCACGGCUGUGUUUGGGAGUCUGACUCUCUACGCUCUCGGUCUGGUGGUGCCAUGGCGUUGGCUGGCAGUGGCAGGGGCUGUGCCAGCUAUAUUGAUGGUUGUGCUGCUCACAUUUAUGCCCUCCUCCCCUAGAAGACUCCUCUCCCUUGGCCGGCAACAGCAUGCAGAGAAGGUCCUCCGCUGGCUUAGGGGAAAUCACUACAACACCCACAGCGAGCUAAGGGACAUACAGGAGAGCAUUGACAGUCAGAAGACAGUCAAAUGGUCCCAUCUCGCCACACCCAUCUACUACAAGCCAAUCCUUAUCUCAGUGAUGAUGCGUUUUCUGCAACAGAUGACAGGCAUCACACCAGUCUUGGUUUAUCUGGAGCCCAUUUUCGCAAAAAGCCAAGUGUCAAUUGAGCCAAGGUACGAUGCUGCAAUAGUGGGGGCAGUCCGCCUCUUUUCUGUUGCCAUAGCAGCAUUUUUGAUGGACAAAGCUGGACGAAAAGCCCUGCUGUACACCUCCAGUAUGCUAAUGUUCCUGGCCUCCCUGACCCUAGCCGUCGCCUCUCACACCACGACCUGCCCUCCGGGGCCUUCUCCUCCGAACCAUACAGUGCUGGGCUAUGGCACCCAUGAGGACAUGGCCGUCGCCUUUCAAAGCAGCCAGCAAACCGCCGCAGGCCUCAUCCCUCUCGUCUUUACUGUGGUGUUUAUAUUUGGAUAUGCCAUGGGAUGGGGCCCGAUCACAUGGCUGCUGAUGUCUGAGGUGCUCCCGCUGGUGGUCAGGGGGAAGGCCUCAGGACUGUGUGUGACCGUUAGCUGGCUGACAGCCUUCGCCCUCACCCACGCCUUCACUCACCUAGUGGACAGCUACGGGCUGUACGUCCCUUACCUGAUUUUCACAGUGGUGUGUGUCUUCUGCUUGCUGUUCAACGCUGUGUGCAUCCCGGAGACAGGUGGACGCUCACUGGAGGAAAUAGAGAACUAUUUCAGGACGGGACGCUCUUUCACCAUUACCAGGAGUGCAUCCACCUUACAGUCUCACUGAACCAUCUGACCUUUGUUCUACAAAUUCUAGAAAGUGAGGUAGAUGCAUAUGGAGCUACUACUUAUUUAACAAACAUAUGUUGAUGUUGGUUUUGAGUUGUUCCAUGAUAUUAUAGCUUUGACUGACCAGAACACUUCCUGCCAAAAUACCCAUCAUUUUACUACUUUUAUUUCUUGAAAAUUUGCCUUUUUUUAUGUGACUUUAUGCGGGCAUAUUGGUCCAAUCUAUCUAUCUAUCUAUCUAUCUAUCUAUCUAUCUAUCUAUCUAUCUAUCUAUCUAUCUAUCUAUCUAUCUAUCUAUCUAUCUAUCUAUCUAU